CUUGAUCGUCUCUUUGGUCAACCGCCACGGAUCCUUUCCAAUAGGUUCCACGCCCACAACUCGCGCGGAGGUCCCCCUGGAGGGAGGACGCCGCUCGCUCUUCUGCUGCUCGAGGAGAGACCGGCUUCCUCUUCAAAGCGCUGGCAGUCGGCAUAUGACUAGAACGCUGCCGCUUGGAGCGCCCGGCUGGCGAUGUUUGCAAACAGCCCCGGCUCUUGACAAGGAGGGGCCACCUGCUCCUUGCUGUUCGGAAGGGCCCCGGCUGCCCUCUUUUCCCAAGCGGGGGAAAGGGCGCUGAGAGAGGUUGGGGCAGUGCCAGCCGGGCUUAACUUUCCGCCUUCCAGCUCCUCCUUCCUCUUUUCCCCUAGAAAUGCAAUCUUCUCUGAAUUGAAAUUCCCGGAGUAAAUUCAGCGGGUGGUGGGGUGUUUUAAGCAGUUCGGAGAGCUAACUGCGAGCUUGCCACCAACGCCUUUGAUACGGAGAAGGCAGCUGGGAGUCUAAAUUUCCGCCGCCGGACGGAUUUGUUGCGGGCCAGACCGCUGGAGACUUAAAGGAAAAGGAGGCAAACCCACCUUGAGAGAGAGAGAGAGCGAGAGAGAGCUCUUACUGUCCCCCUCACCUGGCGGAGCGUCCGGGCUCUUCAGCGUCCUCGCUAUUUCCUUCUUCGCAACUGGGUGGGAGAAAAAGGAGGAGGAGGAGGAAGGCGGCGUCCUUUUCGGCAGCCGAUAUUCCCAUCUUUAUGCCGGUGUCGUUCAGCGGUGCUCUGCGUCGGUUCUCACCCAAAAGGGGAGCCGGGCUGAGGGGACGGCGGCGGCGGGGCUGCUCGCUUGCUUCCACGUGCUGGUCACUCCCUGUCCGGUCUCCCGCCUUCGCAGCGGUCCUGCAGCUGCCACCACACGCCGUUCUUCCUCCGCCUGGGUUUCCCGGCGGGGAAGGGACUUAUGGCGUGUCGGAGAGCGGGUUGGAGCGAAAUGCUGGGGCUGCACUGACCGUCUGGCUAGCAGCGGCCAAGAGGACGCCGCGGCGACACCAACAAACCCCAGCGGCUUAAAUCAGUCGGCUACGCAGCUGCUCAGCACCAACUCUUCUCUACAAACCCCUCCUCCCCGCGAGCCGGAGAAGCGGCGCCACAUCCAGUACGGAGCGGACACUUUGCAAACUCUGCGCCGGUCCUUGCGCGUUGUCGACGUGCGGAAUCCAGGGGCUGUUGCGGUUUAAAACGAGACCAGUAACAGAAGCUGCGGAGGGAGGGGGGGGGGCAAAGCGCCUGCGUGAGCACGAGAGGGGAGAAAAAGAACGAAACAAGAAAGGAAGCGGGAGGAGUCAACGCGAGAGGCGGUUGAGGUGAGGGAACUGGUUGCGGAGCUGGCCGGGGCAGACUUUUCCCUGGGCUCGCUGAAGAGAAGGAAAAAGGCUGGCGGGAAGGAAACCUGCGCGCCAGAGUCGCGGGACGUUCUCGGUGAAGGAAACAACACGCCCGGCCGGCUGGGUCAAAAGCAGUCAAGAGGGCCCCGCGGGCAAUGGCGGCUCGGAAUAGGAACUGCUCGGUCGACUCUCCUUAGCCGAGAAGCGGACUUCCAACUGUGUGUGUGUUGCGGGGGAGAGACAGCCGGACUGGCGCUGGGGUCGUCGACUUUUGACACCCGCGGUCGAGCUGAGUUCCCAGGCGUUGCUGCUGCCUCCCUCCCUCCCCGGAGCUGUGGCCAAGACCGCCUCCGACCGCUGAAGGUGCGUGGCGGCUACCAGAACUGGCCGGGCCAUGGAGGCGCCGGCGGAGAACCCGAGCAAGGCGGCGGAGUACCUCAAGGAACUCAACAAGAUCAUUGAGACGCAGCAGGAGCUGCUGGAGAAGCAAAAGCUCCGGAUAGACGAGCUCGAGCAGCAAGUGGCCAAGAUGUACCACGAGAACGCCCGGCUCCAGGAGGAGCACCGGCGGCACCUGGCCACUUGCAGGCUGGUGCUUCUGCAGCAGCAGCAGCAGCAGCAGGGUGCCCUGUCCGCACCGCCGGGAAAGGGGCAAGAAAUCUCCCAGCAUGAAAAGUCUGAAAGUGAAAAUUCAAGAAGCAUCAGGUCUAUAAAUACUCUGCACCAGUUUUGCUGUCCAGCUCCAUUGUACCAUACUCUACUAACUCUCCCUGCCACACACUCAGAGUACAGGACUUCAUUGGAAACAAGAAAGAACCUUUCAACUGAUCCACGCAGUGUUGAGGGUGAAGCGCCUGGAAGUGAAACUGGCACAUCCCUGGAUAGUUCAUCUGCUUAUCAUCAAGGAACUAUAACUCACAGUUCAGCUCUAAGUCCAGAUCAUUAUGACCAUUCUCCAUAUGGUCUAUAUUCUGUCUCCCCUGGACACCAAAGGCCCCGGAGGCCAAAGCUUCAGCACUCAACGUCAAUAUUAAGAAAACAAGCAGAAGAAGAAGCUAUUAAAAGGUCACGGUCCCUCUCAGAAAGCUAUGAACUCUCAUCGGACUUGCAGGAUAAACAGGUUGAAAUGCUAGAACGAAAAUAUGGAGGCCGUCUCAUAACUAGACAUGCUGCUCGUACUAUACAGACUGCUUUCCGCCAGUAUCAGAUGAACAAAAACUUUGAGCGGCUUAGAAGUUCUAUGUCUGAAAAUCGUAUGUCAAGGCGCAUUGUACUAUCCAAUAUGAGAAUGCAGUUUUCAUUUGAAGGACCUGAGAAAGUUCACAGUUCCUACUUUGAGGGGAAGCAAGUUUCUGUUACAAAUGAUGGUUCAAAAUUAGGAGCCCUUGUCCAGUCUGGAUGUAAUGAUCUUGCUGAAUCAGCUACAAUGAAAUCUCCAGCAGCUUCCACGGACUUUGCUGAUGCCAUAACAGAAUUAGAGGAUGCUUUUUCAAGACAAGUAAAAUCUCUUGCAGAGUCCAUUGAUGAUGCAUUAAACUGUCGUAGUUUACAUUCUGAUGUACAGAUACCUGACCAAGUCAGAAGUCGUGAAAUAGAAAGAGAUAGCUGUGGUCCAUCUAAAUCAACGAGCCAUAAUGUUGAUCAUAGGAAACUUGAUGAAAUGACUGCUUCCUACAGUGAUGUUACAUUAUAUAUCGAUGAGGAAGAAUUAUCCCCACCACUUCCCCUUUCUCAUCCUAUAGAAAGACCAUCGAGCACAGAGUCUGACUUGAGACUUAGAUCAAUAAACCCUUCUCAAGAAUACUGGUCUAUGACACAUAAAGACCAUAAAAUAGACACCGACACAAGUUGUAGGAGUACCCCUUCAUUGGAAUCCCAAGAACAGAGAAUGAGGAUGGAUCAUCUUCCUUUGCUAACCAUAGAACCACCAAGUGACAGUUCAGUUGAUUUAAGUGACCGUUCUGAAAGAGGAUCACUGAAGAGGCAAAAUGCAUAUGAUCGGGGAAUUAGUAGUCAGCAAGGUAGCCCAAAACUAUCACAUGGCCUCCCUAGCAAAGUAAUAUCCCGAGAAGAUCCAGAAACUAGGCAUAGACCAAGGCCUAUUGACAGCCACUUGGCUAUUAACGGUACAGCAAACAGGCAAAGCAAAUCUGAAUCUGAUUAUUCUGAUGGAGAUAAUGAUAGCAUCAACAGCACUUCCAAUUCUAACGACACAAUAAACUGCAGUUCAGAAUCAUCCUCUCGAGACAGCUUACGGGAACAAACUUUGAGCAAGCAAACAUACCACAAAGAAACUCGUAAUAGUUGGGAUUCGCCUGCCUUCAGUAAUGAUAUAAUCAGGAAACGUCAUUAUAGAAUUGGACUGAACCUUUUUAAUAAAAAACCAGAAAAAGGAAUCCAGUAUCUGAUCGACAGAGGUUUUGUGCCAGAUACACCUGUUGGAGUUGCCCAUUUCCUUUUACAGAGAAAAGGUCUCAGCAGACAAAUGAUCGGAGAGUUCCUGGGAAAUCGACAAAAGCAAUUUAACAGGGAUGUUUUAGACUGUGUUGUAGAUGAGAUGGACUUCUCAGCUAUGGAACUGGAUGAAGCUCUCAGGAAAUUUCAAGCUCAUAUCCGUGUCCAAGGAGAAGCUCAGAAAGUAGAACGACUCAUUGAAGCUUUUAGCCAGAGAUACUGCAUCUGCAAUCCAGGGGUUGUAAGGCAGUUCAGAAAUCCUGACACCAUCUUCAUUCUUGCCUUUGCGAUAAUAUUAUUAAACACAGAUAUGUAUAGUCCAAAUGUAAAACCAGAACGUAAAAUGAAGCUCGAAGAUUUUGUCAAAAAUCUAAGAGGCGUUGAUGAUGGUGAAGAUAUUCCACGAGAGAUGCUCAUCGGGAUUUAUGAGAGAAUCCGAAAACGGGAACUCAAGACCAAUGAAGAUCAUGUAUCACAGGUCCAAAAGGUUGAAAAGCUUAUAGUAGGAAAAAAGCCAAUUGGAUCUCUACAUCAUGGGCUUGGUUGUGUUCUGUCUCUCCCACAUCGGCGACUUGUUUGUUACUGUAGGCUUUUUGAAGUCCCAGAUCCAAAUAAACCUCAGAAGCUUGGAUUACACCAGCGAGAAAUAUUUUUAUUUAAUGAUCUCCUUGUGGUCACUAAAAUUUUUCAAAAGAAGAAAAAUUCUGUCACAUAUAGUUUUCGACAGUCCUUUACCCUCUAUGGAAUGCAAGUUCUCCUUUUUGAGAAUCAGUAUUAUCCAAAUGGCAUACGACUGACAUCAGCUGUUCCAGGAGCAGAUAUCAAAGUUUUAAUAAAUUUCAAUGCUCCAAAUCCCCAGGACAGAAAGAAAUUUACAGAUGAUUUGAGGGAAUCUGUUGCAGAAGUACAAGAAAUGGAAAAACACAGAAUAGAGUCUGAAUUAGAAAAGCAGAAAGGUGUAGUGCGACCAAACAUGUCUCAGUGCUCUAGCCUGAAAAAAGAGUCUGGCAAUGGAACGUUGAACCGGGCCUGCCUGGAUGACAGCUAUGCCACGGGGGAAGGCCUCAAAAGGAGCGCUCUUAGCAGCUCCCUUAGAGAUCUUUCUGAAGCCGGCAAGCGUGGGCGUCGCAGCAGUGCAGGAUCGCUAGACAGCAAUAUGGAAGGGUCCAUCAUUAGCAGUCCUCAUAUGCGCCGAAGAGCUACAUCAACCCGAGAGUGUCCAUCUCGCCCUCACCAGACUAUGCCUAAUUCUUCCUCACUACUAGGGUCCUUAUUUGGUAGUAAGCGAGGAAAGCCUUCCCAAGGCCAUUUAGCAUCCGGCCCACCACCUCAGCACCCUCCCAUAAUGUCCCACCCUCAGCACUCUCAACAUCCUCCUGCCAUGCACCACCCGGGUCCGGCUGAAGGGCAGACCCAGGCACAAGUGCACAGCCAUCACUCUCAGUACUGCCAUAUGCAGAACCCACCUCCUUAUCACCAUCACCAUCACUAUCAUCCGCCCCAGCACAUCCAGCAUCCGCACCAGUACCAUCAUGGGCCGCACUCGCAGCAUGUAGCUCAUGCCCAGCAUUCAUACCUGCCACAUUCCCACGCCCCGUAUUCCCACGCUCCCCACCCUCCCUUGCCACCUUCUCAUUUGGCACAUCCUUCCCAUGCUUCCCAUCACCAUGCACAGCCAGUAGCCCCUUCUACUUCAGCCAGCACGAAGCCCAAGCAUAGCGGCAUCAGCACAAUAGUCUAGAAGCCAGCCAGCCACCUAGCCACAGCUGUAGCUCUAGGCCUAGAUGUAAAGGCACUUACAGGAAACAGACGCAGCCUAUAAUUCUGGUUAUUUUUUUAAUUUAUUUUAAAAGAUCCGAACCAGAAACAACUUAAUUGACUCCUUUGCCUUAAGGAUUCAAUGGAUCAAUGCAUAUUAACCUCACAGUGCUGGUCUUACAGUUCGGUGGUGACCUUUUCCCUCCUUUUUCUCUAGUAGCCUUGAAAAUAUGCUGCUUGCUGAAAAUGUUAAACUACCUUUUUUCAUCCGCAUGACCAUUUUUAACAAGUAAUGAAAACAUAACUUACUCAAAAUAAAAAGAAAACUAUGAAAUAAAAUUAAUGUGGCAUUCUUGCUCUUUAAUUUACAAUGGGCAAAAAAAGUAGACCUCAUAUGGUUGAUGAAAAUACGUAAGUAAACUCUAUGUAAUAUAAAUAUAUAAAUAUAGACAUAUAGAUAUAUAUAAUAUAUAUAUAUAUACAGAAAGAGAGAGAGACAGACAGAGAGACAGACACUGUAUAGAUAACAUUUAUGCUUAGAAAAAGCUUUUUCAGUCCACAAAGCUAGCAAUAUAUACUUUUCCAUAAUUUCCCUUACUGAUAAAGGGCAGUAAAAUAGAUGAGUAGCAAAUGGAAGUGUAGACCAAAAAAAGAACAAAUUCCAGGCAUUUCAGUACUCAUUGAAAGUUCUCUGGACUUGAGAAAAUAAAAUCUUUAAGCAAUCUUUGCGAAAUGUGCCAAAUAACAUAGCAUAUAACUGUUGCAAUCAAAUAUGCUUUGUACUAUUAGUAUAAUAAUAUACUUAUUCAGUAUUAUAACUGCUCUGCUAUUUCAGGUAAGCAAACUAGUUAAGAUGCAGUAACUAUACAGUAGCAACACGAGACAACCUUUACUAUAGGUUUUCUCUACAUUUUGGUUCCUCCAAUUCUUAGACACUUUAAAGGCUGUGAUAACUGUGAACUUACAUAGUUUACAUUUCUUUUGUGUUUGUGUAUGUUUUAAUAAAUACACAUGAAGAUUUACAUAGAAGGUAUUUACCUACGCUGCAUGAACAUUCAUCUCAGACCCUGAAAUAACCAACAUCCAUUCUUUUCGGCCGCAUUGCCUCUUUACCAUUUAAUACUCAGUUUUUAUCAAUGAAAACUUCAGACUUUUUUUCCACAUGAAAGCAAUCAGAAACUUGAAAGUUUAUUUUAGUAUUGAGUAUAGAUUUUUAUAACUGUAAUUCCAUGUAGCCAUGUGCUGGCAGCAGGAUUUUUCUCACCAUUUUUCUCAUCACAUUUGUUAGUUUUAUCCAGCACUCAGCAGGCUGAGUCUAUGCUCGAACUGUCAUAGUCCAGUUAGUCCAAGACAUCUUGUAAAAUCCAACUGUGCUGUUGUUGCUUAUGUGUUGUACUGAGUCGUUUGCAAGACCAUAUAUUUCUUUGUAAACCUAAAUCCUAUUUUUUUUAAAAAAAUAAAAUCAUACAUGGAGCAUACUUUGUAGUUUCAGCAUUUUGAGCCACCUCAAUCACGACUUUACAUCUAAAAGGCAGAAACAAAAGGAACCGCAGAGCUGCACCAGCAGAAUUCUGAAUGUUGAUUUAAAAGAAGAGGAGGAAAAAUGUUCCCGUGAAAGAUGGGUAAAAACCAAACAAAAACUGAUUAUUGCUUCUGAAAGAAGUCAUAACGUGUGAAACAACUUCCCUAUACUGGUGAUUCCUGAUCUCCAGUUUUCUUCCCUCACUUUCUAAUAUAUGGAUUAUAUGGAGUACCAGCAAAAAUAAGAUCAAUAGUUUUGUUAACUUUCAUUCACCAGAAACAACCACUUAACAGAGUCUGAUGUUUAAAUUUGAAAAUUAUUUCUUAUGCAAUAUACAAUACUUUUCCUGUCCUUGGUUUCCCCUCCAUCUAAUUUAACUUCAUAGGAAAUUUUAAUAAAAAUAAUGUUAUCAUCCAAGCUGUCCUAGAUUGUGCAGAUUACCUAAGAGGGAACAUCACAACCCAAGAAUCUCUUCACAUUUAAAUUUGGGUUUUCUUCUUAUAAGGAAUAAUACAACUGUAUGCAUGUCAUCUAAUGUUAGUAGUAUUGAGGCUACACUCUCCAUAACGUAUAUUUGCAAAGUAUUUCAGUGUUACUGUUGAUAUUAGUUGAAGUAAAGUGUUAACAUAUUUAAAUAUGUAAGCUUUUCUUCAAACCUUUGUACCAAUAGUAGAGUUGAAUUGUAACUUAUAAGUUGUUCCAGAAAAGAUAAGAUAGGACAUUUUUUCCCUUUGUAUUGGUCAUUGUAUAAUCUGCAUAUAUCAAACUCAAAGCAAUGGGCUGGAUAGUCAUUAUUUUACAUUUCAAGCAUUAAUAUCUGUAUUAUCUAUUGCAUAUUUUAAAAAUGCUAUCCAUCUUUUAUACUCAUUGUUUUGAUAUUCCAGGAAAAUCAAAGAUUUUAGGUUUAUAGAUUCAUAUGCAUUUAGUUAGAAACAAGUUUUAUAUUUUAUAAUUAUACAGAAAAAGUAAUCAUCACAAAUUUUGAUGAUUAGCAAAUAUAAAAAAAAUAAUCAAUAAACCCAUUCAAUUAAUAUGUUAUUGCAGAAAAAUCCAGUGUUAUUGCCAUUUAGACAAAACAUCCAAGGAAGCGAAUUGCCUUUAGUUAUACAAGUAAAAAAGAAAAAUACUUUUCCAUGUUUUGGAAAAUGAAAGUAAUCAUUAUUACAAUUUAUAUGCUACUGAAGAAAAUAGAAUUAAUUUUUUAAAAGAGAUUGGAAAGUUUUAAUUAUGUUUUCCUUAUUGAUUACGAAGCAGUAUAAAGCACUACUGAACUACAUCUCUUUCUCUCGGUGAAAACUAAGAAAAAUGGACCUUGUAAAAAUAUCUUUUCUGGGACAACCAUCCAUUAUAUAUUUCUUUUAAUUAAGAAUGAAAUGUAAAUCAAUGUAAAGAAAACCAAAGUUAUUCUAUUAUAAUGUAAAUGUCUUGUAUUGCUAAAAGUCUUACAGCAUAACUUGUAGGAUGAUUUUCCCAUCAAGCACUGCAUGCAGCUAAACCUCGUUUCUUGAUUUUUAAAUGAGCUGAAAAGCAGCAGCUACUUAACAAUGACACUUUACAUGUUGACAUGCUGUUUCAUAUACAGCUGUGCAUUUUCUGCAAUUAAGCAUGAGUUUCGCUGUUUCCAUUGUAAAAUACCAUCACACCUUGCCUGCAAAAAAAGUGUGUACAUAGUUCAAAGAAAAAAUGACCAAUCAUAAGAUACAAUUUUGAAGGAGGGAAAAAGGGAGUGGAAACAGGACCAAGUAGGAAGAAUAAUUAAUUCUCUAAAUUGUAUAUAGUGUGUAAAUUAGUAUUAAUAUAAGUCUGCAGUCACUUUUCAGGUUACACACAGUACCUGUCUCUGCUAGGAACUAAAUCCCAGCUUGAAUAGUAUUAAACUGUUAGAAUUAGAUUGAAUGCAGACUGUUAAAAGACUUCAAGAAACAUCAUGCUCAUGAGAAGCUUCUGUAAAGGGAUAUUCAAGAGAUUUUGUAACUGUUGGAAAAGGAGUGCUUUCAUUUUAAUAUGCAUUUGUUUGUAAGUAGUAUCAGACUUUAUUGUUGUUAAACUAUAACUGUGAUUAUGUGGGAAAUCAAAUAAAUCACUUUGAACUCA